GAGAAGCUCGUGUCUGAUUGACACUUACAGAGAAUCUUUGCCUCGAUCACCGAGCCAUCCAAUCUUACCAGGACGAUGGCCUCAGGAACAAAGGCUCCACGCUCCUGUAGUUGAAGUUGAAACCCCACAAACCAUCUUCUUCUUCUUCUUCUUCUUCUUCUUCUUCUUCUUCUGUAAGGAGUCAGGGGACACUGCUGUCUAUGGCUUCUUGUAGUCGUCGUCGUCGUCGUCGCCGGAGAGAAGAUGGAGCUGUCGAGCCGGAGGUCGUGGCCGGUCGUUGUCGUGAGAGUCGUUGCUUCUUCAAGAUCAUACUCUCCGACACCCUUGAAUCAGGAAAGCUUGGAAUUCCAAAAAGUUUCUUGAGAAGAUGUGGAAAGGAUCUCUCAAACUCGGUGCUUCUCCAGGUUCCAGGCUGUUCAACCUGGACUAUAGAACUAGAAAAGUGUAACAAUGACAUGGUUUCGCUGUGGAAAGGUUGGCAGGAUUUCAUGGAGUAUUACUCCAUUGGUCAUGGUCACCUCAUAGUUUUCAAAUAUAAAGGGAACUCCACUUUUGGUGUAAUAAUAUUCGACAAGAGUACUUCAGAGAUAGAUUAUUCAUUGAGCAGUGGCAAAAAAACAGACCUUGGGAGCAAAUUUCCCUCACCAAAAACAGAAGAUGUCGUAGAAGCAGAAGAUCCAGAGGAACUCAUAACCCGUCGAAAAAUGAGGGUCGAAUCACAUUUACCUUAUUCACAGCUAAGUCCAAUCUACUCACCACGAGGAUCCAAAGAUGGGAUCAGACGGUCUAGAUGCAAAAUGAAUCAUUCUGAGCCGUUUUUUGGUGGUCCUACAUGUAUAGGGCCUCUCUCUGGUUUUGAAUUGGCCAGCGAAUUUGAAUCAGAGUAUCCUUUUUUCAAGGUGAUGAUGCAGCCGUCUUACCUUAAGCAUCAUAUACUGUAUGUUCCCCGUAGAUUUAUCAUGCAGCACAUUCGGAAAAUCAAGGAAAUCGCAAUUCUCAGGCAUUCCGGCAGGUCAUGGCCAGUGAAGCUUAGGAGCUGUGGACAUCGUGGGGCAUGUUUUGGUUCUGGUUGGUUCAGAUUUUUGAGAGAAGCUCAUUUGCGCUUAGGGAAUGUCUGCGUGUUCGAGCUUAUUGAUGGGGAGGAUAUUGUGUUCAGAGUUUACAUUUUCAAUAGUGCUGGUGGGAGCAAACAGUCUAAAUGCACAGCAAGCCUUUCUGAGCCAGUUUUCCCUAGUCCUACAUCUCCGAGGCCUCUCGCUACUCCUGAAUUAGCCAAUGAGUUUGAGUCAGAGCAUCCUUUUUCAAACUGGUGAUACCUGAAUAUCAGGCUAAAAAAAUGAAUAUUCCUGUUGGAUUCACCAGGAAAUAUAUUCAAGAAAGCACGGAUAUGGUGGCGGUGCUCAGGUAUUUAGACAGAUCAUGGCCAGUGAAGCUUUUAAGAUAUAAGCAAGACCACAAGGCAUUCUUCUCUGGUGGUUGGCCUGCAUUUGCAAGAGAAAACUGUCUGCAUGUAGGAGAUGUCUGCAUGUUUGAGCUCAUUGAUAGGGAAGAUUUUGUGUUCGAAGUCUCCAUCUUCUGUAGUGCUGCUUGCAUUGAUACUCACCCCAAAGAACUAGAUCUGUCUCAAGCUCCUGCGGACUCAGCAGACAGGAUCCAACAGUCUACAUUCAGAGCGAGCCAUUCGGAGCUGGUUUUUCAUGGUCCUACACUUCUAAGGCCUCUUGUUUCUCCUGAAUUAGCGUGCAAAUUUGAUUCAAAACAUCCCUUUUUCAAAAUGGUGAUCCCGCCAUCCUAUAUGAAUUGCCUGAGUCUUCCGGUUGGCUUCAUCAAGCAACAUAUUCAGGAAAACAAGGGGAUGGCAACUCUUAGGUUUUCAGGCGAAUCGUGGCCAGUGAAGCUCUUAAGCUAUACUCAGACCAGAAAAAUACUCUCAGGCUAUACUCAUGACACCCGGGUGUUCUUUACUACUGGUUGGACUGCAUUUGCAAGAGAAACUCAUAUGCGCAUGGGAAAUCUCUGUGUGUUCGAGCUCAUUGAUAGGGAUGAUGUUGUGUUCCAAGUCUCCAAUUUCAGUAGUGCCGGUGGGAUAGAACAGUCUCCAUGCAGAGCGAGCUGUUCCGAACCAGAUUUUCAGAGCCCUACCCUUCUGAGCUCUCUCGCAUCUCCUGAAUUAGCCAGCGAUAUAGAUACAGAGCGUCCCUUCUUCAAACGGGUGAUCCCGCGAUCUUAUAUGAGUUGCCUGGGAGUUCCGGUUGGAUUCGCCAAGCAACAUAUUCAGGAAAACCAACAAACAGCGACUCUUUUGUACUCAGACAGAUCAUGGACAGUGAAGCUCGUUAGGAGCUAUGGACGGACCAGACGGAUUCCGGGCACAUUAUUCUCUGCCGGUUGGGGUGCAUUCGCAAGAGAAACUCAUGUGCGUGCAGGAAACAUCUGCGUGUUCAAGCUCAUUGACAGAAAUGCUGCUGUGUUCCAAGUCUCCAUUUCGAGCGGCACUGAUGAUGACCCGAUUCACAUCGAUUGAGAUGAACAUCAGAAGCAUCACCUCAGGCCAUUUCCGCGUCGAUAUGAACUCGGGAGUCCUGAUAAUGCCUCCUUUUAUCGAGCAGCGCAGCGGAGAAUUGAUGGAAAGCAAUCCUUUCUGCUUCUGUUUUCUUACUUUCUUCUUUCUGUGUUAGUGUCAAUUCUGUAACUACCUUGCACGGAAGGUUUUGCACAGCAACCUGACCAGAAGAUCUAGGAAAGUGUAAAACUAUCAUGCUCUGAUGUAAAUUCAUGUAUGGAGUGUUCCUCUUUGGUUAUGAUCACCCCAUAGUUUCAGACCACGACGGUAAAUGGACUUCCAUCCUGUCAUGGUCGCGACCCGUUAGGGAAAAACAACCA